CUCCGUCUCAGCACUUGCUCCGAGGACGUGUGGAUGUGUUGUGCGGUCCCCCGUGUCUCCGUGGCGCAGGACAGGACGGUCGCCACGCCUUCAGGGACACACUUUAUCUCGGCGUCAGCUCUGUCCACUGCUCACCCUCAAAAACCUCCACAAAGCCCGGACAUUAAACACGCUACUACUAUCGACAGAGCGGUUUCAUCCGUCAGACUGAGCCUCUGGAGUCCGGCUCUACUUCGCACCGCUGAUGGUAGUUGAAGAGGCUGUGUUGUGAAUUGAUUUGGAAAUAUCUGGAGCGGCAGUUUUAUCGAUUUGACAUCGGAUACAAGUCGGAUCAAAGAUGGGGAUCAAAGUGUAGUCCCGGGUUGAUGCAAUGUGACAGGCGCAGAGGGAGCUGGGUGUAUCACGAGAGAGGAAUGCCCCAGACUGUGUGCUCAGGCACCAUGUUCACCACUCCCACUGGCUUCAGCCCCCAUCUGGCCUGCGCUGAGCCUGGGGAGGAGGAGGAGGCCCCACAAGAGGGCCCAGAGCCUGGGGCCUGCCUGGCUGAUGGCCCUGCGAUCACCUCCGCCUCCCUGGACACCUUGAUCCAGAAUCUGGUACCCACUGCCGAUUACUACCCUGAGAAAGCCUAUGUGUUUACCUUCUUGCUGAGUGCACGUCUGUUCAUCCCUCCUCCUGAGCUGCUGGCCAGGGUGUGUGAGCUGUGCAUCAAACAGCAGCAGCUGGAUCAGAGCCCACUUGAUACGGCAAAAGUGCGCAAGUUUGGCCCCAAGAUCCUGCAGCUGCUGACAGAGUGGACAGAAACGUUCCCAACUGACUUCAGGGAUGAGAAGAUGGUGGGACACCUUAAAGACAUUAUCCACAGGAUAGCACCAUGUGAUGAGGCGUACUGGAAAACCCUGAACCAGGUGUUGCAGAAGCUUAGCCAGCGGCUUGCCCUGAUGAGCCAGGGGGAAGAGAGCAUCGUCAAGGUCUCCCUCAAUGCCUCCUCCAUCUCUGACAAGCUGGUGGCCUUCAAAACCAAGCCUCCGCCCAUCCAGAAGGACAUGCUCUCAAUCUGCAGCGACCCGUACACUCUGGCACAGCAGCUUACCCACGUGGAGCUGGAGCAUUUGAGUCACAUUGGACCGGAGGAGUUUGUCCAAGCAUUUGUUCAGAAAGACCCACUAGAUGGGACCCAGCAGCCGUGCUUCAGCGACCAGAAGAAGAAAACCUCCAACCUGGAGGCGUAUGUCAGGUGGUUCAACAGACUGUGUUACCUGGUGGCUACAGAGAUAUGCAUGCCAGCAAAGAAGAAGCAAAGGGCCACAGUGAUUGAGUUCUUCAUUGAUGUUGCCAGGGAGUGUUUCAACAUUGGAAACUUCAACUCCCUCAUGGCAAUCAUCUCUGGUAUGAACAUGAGUCCUGUGUCACGGCUGAAGAAGACUUGGGGCAAAGCCAAGACUGCAAAGUUCUUCAUACUUGAGCAUCAGAUGGAUCCAACAGGAAACUUUUAUAACUACAGGACUGCUCUGAGGGGGGCGGCACAUCGUUCUCGGACCGCCAAUAGUAACAGAGAGAGGAUUGUGAUCCCUUUCUUCAGUCUGCUCAUCAAAGACAUUUACUUCCUGAAUGAAGGAUGUGCUAAUCGACUUCCCAAUGGUCACGUCAACUUUGAGAAAUUUAUGGAGUUGGCACGGCAGGUUGGGGAAUUUAUGACUUGGAAACAGGUGGAGUGUCCAUUUGAGGAGGAUCGGGCCAUCCUGCACUACCUCCACACUGCUCCUAUCUUCAGUGAGGAUGGACUCUACCUCGCAUCCUAUGAGAGUGAGAGUCCAGAGAACCAGGUAGAGAAGGACAGGUGGAAAGCUCUCAGGUCAAACGUUCUGGCAAAGACAUGAGGCCCCGGCGGCAGCUAACCCUCCCACCAGCGAGGGGGCAUGUGAUCUCGUUGCACUAAAAUGAACUGUGAAGGAGCCUAGCUGGUACUUAGGUGUUUUUUUAUGAAGAAAUUAUGAAAAAAAAGGGAACAAGAUGAACAGGAUUCAUCGAAAGGAGUGUUAAAAAAAGAACAAGUCUUUUAAAAGGGAAUUUAAAAAAAGUUAAGCUAUGGAAACUGGAGCAAAUACCUUUGCAGCAAAUGAACUAUCAACAGCUUAGGUAUGUUGGAGAGGGGUCCAGCCUCUUCUUUUACCCCUCCCUCAAUGUGUGUUUACUCUGUGGAGAUAUGUUUACUACUAUAGUGAGUAUAGUUACAGGGAAAACCACUUUAUAAGAUGAAAUUCCUACAGAUGCUAUUGUUGUUUUUUUGUAUUUGCUCCCCUCCCCUUUUUCUCUCUUUCUCUUCCUUCUUUACUUCUAAGCUUAGUCUAGGUAUUUAUUUUAACUUUAUUUCUACUUGUAAUGUACUGUAAUGAAACUAACAAUGACGUGAAGGGCGCUGGCUAGCCCGUUAUAAACUUUUAUAGGUCUACUGAAGGAUUCUGGGAAGACAGAAGAGGACAUGCCUCGUGCAUUUUACCUGUUCAUCUCAUGUGUACUUUUAUGUGUGUGCGUGUUUGUGAUCCAGUUGUUCAUGCAUUUAAUGUCUGUUAAGAUUGUCACUGUCCUGUUUUGCAUGAGAACGACUGGAGAAACCAGCCCAUAGGUCAUCUCUUUUUGUAAUUUUAUUUAUUGUAUUUUAUUUGGGAAAAGUAUUGGAAGGGGACUAUGAACUGUUUAAAGUGUUAACUCCUUUUUAAAUGUAUUGUGCCAUUAAUGCAAAACAAUUACAGUAUAGCUUCAGAGUCACAACAGGAGAUAGGCCAGGUGUAGAUUGUGUACAAGUGACAUUUACCCCUCAUCUUUCUGCUCUUCAGGAAGUUUUCUCUGACUGACGUUCAGUUGUCUGAUAUAUUUAUGGAGAUUUCUGUGCUGACAGAUGUAUAGUUUUUAUUGUUACUUUCCUCUGCUGAACAUGAAGUCCAAUGGCAUGCUACGACUGGUGUUUUUAAAGGGGCAUUAAGAGUAUCCACCUUGUGAGGACAACUGCUGCAGCAGGAGCUUUGCAGUGCUGAUGAUGGACAACAGUUAUUUGGAGAUUUGUCUUAAAGAGGGAAACUUGUGCCAUAUGAAUCACUGGUUAUCAUGACAAUUCAGGUUCCUCUGACUUGAAAUGUGUUGUUUGUUGUUUUGUGGGAUCGUCACUGAACUAUGUUUUACGCAGUUUUGUUGUGAUGUGGGAGCCAUCUUUGGGGGUCGGGUGAUGUUAGGAGGGGCGGUGCUAUGGGGAUGGGAAUGGGGAUUAUGUAAUUAUAAGCUUUUUGAAAACAAGUUUUAUUGAGUUUGCUAUGAUUGAUUGAUGUCAGUGUUUUCUCCUAAGAAGCACCUUUCCAUCCCAAUAACAGACUGACUUUAACUUCCCCUUCUCAUUUGCGAUCAGUAAUCUUGCUUUUCCUGUAACAUUCCCCGAUAAGUUAAAGCUGCCAUUGAAGUUGAAGACAUGUUUUAAUAAAGCAUCGCCUGUGUUGAA